CCGAUGCGAGCUGGCCACCCUGGCAGAGGACGAUGCUGCAGGCAAGGUGAAGCGGUUGCUAGGACAGCCCUGUUUACUCGGCACAUCUACACUGCACCGACCGGCCAGACACAAUGGCUCGCGCCUCACAUCCUCCCUUUGUAGGGCAGCAAUGGCUUGUUUUUCAGCCAGCUCAGGACUGCCCACAUGAAGAUGACAGAUCCCAGACAAGGAAGUGUGUAGAGGCUGCGGACAGCUGGCAGCUGGACAUGCUGUUGUGCUGCUGACGCUCUCAUUCCAACAUGGACACCUCCACUAAAUACACACUAGCUUCCACAGAGGAGCCGACUCCUAAUGGACAACAUGGAACUCCAGCCGACUCCGGCUCCCAGGAAUCCAUGAAACUCAAGAAGGAAAUCUCAUUGCUAAAUGGGGUUUGUCUGAUUGUGGGCAAUAUGAUCGGCUCAGGCAUCUUUGUGUCACCGAAGGGGGUCUUGAUGUACAGUGCUUCAUACGGUCUUUCACUGGUGAUCUGGGCCGUUGGAGGAGUGUUUUCCAUAUUUGGUGCCUUAUGUUAUGCAGAAUUAGGCACAACCAUUACCAAGUCAGGAGCAAGCUAUGCCUAUAUCCUGGAAGCUUUUGGUGGCUUUAUAGCCUUCAUUAGGCUGUGGACUUCUCUAUUAAUUAUUGAGCCCACCAGCCAAGCGGUAAUUGCCAUUACCUUCUCCAACUACAUGAUGCAACCCAUCUUCCCAUCGUGCGAGUCUCCCUACUCUGCCAACAGACUGCUGGCAGCAGCGUGCAUAGCGCUCCUCACCUUCGUGAACUGUGCAUACGUGAAAUGGGGCACACGGGUCCAGGAUCUCUUCACUUAUGCCAAAGUACUGGCUCUCAUUGCUGUCAUCAUUGCUGGAAUUGUGAAACUCUGUCAGGGUCAGACAGAGAAUUUCGAUGAUGCUUUUGGUGGUUCCUCCCGUGAUGUAGGGGACAUUGCUCUUGCCUUGUAUUCUGCUCUCUUUUCUUACUCUGGAUGGGAUACUCUCAACUUUGUUACAGAAGAAAUUAAGGACCCAGAAAGGAAUCUGCCCCUUGCCAUUGGAAUCUCCAUGCCAAUUGUGACUGUCAUAUAUCUACUCACUAACGUAGCAUACUACACCAUUCUGGACAUGCGCUCCAUACUGGGAAGUGAUGCCGUGGCCGUGACAUUUGCUGAUCAGAUAUUCGGAAUAUUUAACUGGACGAUCCCCCUGGCUGUAGCGCUUUCAUGCUUUGGAGGCCUGAAUGCUUCAAUCCUAGCUGCAUCGAGACUUUUCUUUGUUGGGUCUCGAGAGGGUCACCUUCCUGAUGCUCUUAGUAUGAUCCAUGUGGAGCGAUUCACCCCGAUACCAGCCCUGCUGUUUAAUGGUGCCAUGGCUCUGGUGUACCUCUGUGUAGAAGAUAUCUUCCAGCUCAUUAAUUACUAUAGCUUCAGCUAUUGGUUAUUUGUGGGCCUGUCUAUUGCGGGUCAACUUUAUUUGCGCUGGAAGGAGCCAGACAGACCACGACCCCUCAAGCUCAGCCUGGUGUUUCCAGUAGUAUUCUGCCUAUGCACUGUGUUCCUUGUGGCUGUGCCACUGUACAGUGACCUGAUCAACUCACUGAUUGGAAUCGCCAUAGCACUGUCCGGAGUUCCCGUCUAUUUCCUUCUUGUACGUGUUCCAGAGCAAAAGAAACCACAGUGGCUCCGUCGCGUAGCAGCGAUAAUCACUCGAUAUACCCAGAUCCUAUGCUAUUCUGUCAUCACUGAGAUGGAUUUAGAAGAGAAAGAAAAAUUAGAUCCAAAAUCCGACUGAGGAUCAUAGGAUCACAUCUGGAAGCUGCUGGAUCUCCGGAAAACUUCAUUAGUCACAUAAUUUAUUUCUUACACUGGAUGGACGUCUUUUUUUCAUCAUUAAAGGCUUCAAUGCCGGGUGACUGCAGGGCAGUGCUCUGACAUGAAGUUAGGUGAACAAGUUCUCUCUGGCAGGGGAAGUGUUAAUUGUUUUCUCUUUUUCACAUAUUUUUUCCUCUGAAAUGGGAUGUUAAUUGUUAAGGCCCUGGAUGGGGGCAGCACUCCAGAAGGGCUGGCCCAUGGUAAUUUUGUGUAAAAUCAGGCAGCACUAUAUGGACCAUUCAUCGGACUCCCGUGAAUGGGCAACGUGCCUUACAUGACAGAUGCACUCUCCGAACCUUUUGCACUGACUGGAAAGAUAUGGCAAUUGUCUCUUUGCACAGGAUUGGUGGAAACAUACUGGAAUAAAAAUGUUAGAACAAAU